ACCCUCAAACCUCCAGAGCUUCCUGCGCCGAACCGAGAGGGGGUGUGAGUCCCUGGCUGGGUGUGUGAGGUGCUGCCUCUCGAAGGCCCCUGGGCCUCCACUUCCUGGGGAGGCCACACAGAACCAGGCAGCACACACGCCUGUGUCUUCUUCGCCCCGGCACGGCUGCCACGGCCCCUGCGUCGCAGCACCAUCCCGGCCAGGACAGCAUGCAGUGGGAGGUGCUCGUCAUCGCGGCCGUCCUGCAGGCCCAGGUCCCGCUCACAGAGGCACAGAGCUUCGGCUUGCUGGACCCCAAGCUCUGCUACCUGCUGGACGGGAUCCUCUUCAUCUACGGCAUCGUCAUCACCGCCCUGUUCCUGAGAGAGAAGUUCAGCCGGAGGCCGGAUGCCGGGGACCUGCAGGGCCCCAACCAGGUCUACAAUGAGCUCAACCUAGGAAGGAGAGAGGAGUACGACAUGUUGGACAAGAGACGCGGCCGUGACCCUGAGAUGGGAGGGAAACAGCAGCGGAGGAACCCGCAUGAGGGCGUGUACAACGCCCUGCAGAAGGAGAAGAUGGCGGAGGCCUACAGCGAGAUCGGGACGCGAGGCGAGAACCAGCGCCGGAGAGGCAAGGGGCACGACGGCCUGUACCAGGGGCUCAGUGCGGCCACCAAGGACACCUACGACGCCCUCCACAUGCAGGCCCUGCCCCCUCGCUAGCGGCUCGGGACCCCACCUCUCGCAGGCCAGACCUGCGGACGCCCCGAUUGUGGGGGACACAGGAGGAAGCACUGACGCCUGGUUCGCACCUGCUUCUCCCCACCUGAGUUCCUCCCUCGGACCAGACGCUUCACGUCAUCCUGUCGGCUCCACCCAGUCCCAGACCUUCACCCACAGAACGUCGGCCCUGCACCAGGCCGGGCCCAUCCUCCCGGAGCCCGUGGGGACCCAGGGGCCACGGUCUUACCUGGGGGUGCACACUCCUCAUGACAUCCCCGAGGAGCCCCCGAUGUCGGCCCCCGUCCACUCGUCUGUCCUGUUCUGUGGGUCCCCGAGUGGCUUCGCUCCUGCUGUGAGUUUGGCUUCUGUUGCCUCCCGCCCCCUUACUGCUCCGCAGCUUAGCAUGGGCCUAGGAAGGUCCGCAGGAGGGAUGCGGGGUGCCCGAGC